AUGUCGAACGUUUCCACUCCAGUUGUACCGCCUGGAAUGGUGAAACCUGGGCCAGCUGAUUCCGUCAAAGGCGUUGCCCCCGGCCCGAGUGCGGCCUGGCAUGGGGCAGGUAACUUAAUUCAACCCGCCAGCAAAAUGCAAACCUCAUAUGCUAAUGCUAGCCAUUUGUCUACCGUCCCCUCCAUCAGCAAGCCAAUCGACGAUACUACACCGGCAGGUCCGGCCGUAUCCCAGGAUCAAAUAUAUGCGUGGGUCGCAGAGCUUGUGUAUGGGCCUAACCGAGAACAUGCGCUUCUUGAACUUGGCAAAAAACGAGAGCAGUGCGACAAUCUUGCCCUUAUUCUUUGGCAUUCGCAAGGUGUGGUAACUGUUCUUCUUCAGGAGAUUGUGUCAGUAUACCCGUUAUUAUCUCCUCCCCAACUGACUAUGGCAGCGUCAAACAAGCUUUGCAAUGCCCUCGCUUUAUUGCAGUGUAUCGCUAGCCAUGAUCUUACCCGCACUGCGUUUUUGAAGGCCCACCUACCGCUUUUUUUGUAUCCGUUUUUGAACACAACCUCUAAAGCAAGGGCGUUCGAGUUCUUGAGAUUGACAUCUCUUGGUGUUGUAGGGGCAUUGGUUAAAGACGACUCUACAGAUGUUGUGAACUUUCUUCUUUCUACGGAGAUCAUUCCUCUCUGCCUGCGUAUAAUUGAAACAGGCACAGAGCUGUCUAAAACAGUUGCUAUUUUUAUUGUCCAAAAAAUACUCGUUGACGAUAUUGGUCUCAAUUAUGUCUGCCAAACCUACGAGCGGUUCUAUGCUGUAAGUGCUGUACUCGCCAACGUUGUUCAGCAGUUACUCAGCGCUCAACCUACCUCUUCAAGAUUACUCAAGCACGUGGUGCAUUGUUACCUUCGCUUAAGUGACGACCCACGAGCUCGUGAAUCCCUCCGUCAGAUUCUUCCUGAACCACUAAGGGACGCUACGUUUUCGCUGGCAAUUCGAGGUGAUACUGCAACAAAGCGGGCGCUGUCUCAGUUGCUUGUGAACCUCAGUACAGCUUCAACCGAGUGA